AUGAAAUCUAUUACUUCAUUUAUAGUCUUAUGUGUUUUUAUGUUCAUUGUUGUAAACCAUGUUAAAGGACAAGGGAAACCAACAGGAUGUCAAGUUGGACAAAGGUACCGUGGAAAAUGUGGCGCUGACGGAACCAAGACGUGCCUAAACGAUAUGAAACUACUUAAACUGUUCAAAGCUAAGCGUUGCGAUUGUAGCGAAAUGCUUGGGAAAUUUCAAGGCUGGCAUUUCUGCACAUGUUAUAGUGGUCGUCCUGGUUGCUAA